AUGGCAUUGGCUAGCAUUGGAAAACAUCUCGGAGACAAGCUCGCCUACUAUAAGAACUGGAAAUUCAACUUCCAAAAGACCAGAGUAAUCGGUUCUCUAAGACAUAUCGAUGAAGCUCUCGAUAGAUAUACCAAAGCACCCUUUUUAGAGCAUAUCAAUAGAUGGACCCUCCUAUAUCACGAUCCUGAUCCUGAAAAUCACCACCUCACCGUUCCUUAUUCUCUAUACUACGAAGAGGCUUACUUCCUCAACUAUGUUGUUGACCACUGGAAAUUCGACACUUCCAAGCUGUCCAAGUACGAGCUUAAAGAUUAUAAUUUAGCUGUAGAAAAGCUCAAGCAAUGGAAAGCUGUCCGUGACUUCUCAGACGAAAUACGAGAGUUUAUGAAAGAAAUGAGGUUCAUUAUUGCGAUGAGAAGAAAUUCCCACACUGUGGAGCAGAAUAAAGCACUGGGAUACCCUGAGUUUGAAAAGGAAGUGUUUGAAAAGUAUAAAAAAUUGGAACAAGAAUUAAAUAGCUAUCCUGAAUGGAAGGCAAAAGUUAUGCCUGAAUUGGAAAACCAGUUGAGAGUACUAUAUGAUCAAGGAGGGUUUAGCAAGUUGGGAGAUGAAAACCCAUUCAAAGAACUGAAUAUCCAGAAGUUCUUUAAGUAG